CCACUCCUACAUCACUGCAUGUACACACAACCCACUUGGCGAGCAACACAACAGACAAAUAUCAGUCAGCCUUCACAUGAACCAGACUGACUGACUGGACUCUCUUUGCAGUGCUCAUAUCAUCACUGGAAGGAAGGACUACUCUUUUGUGGCUUUUUGUUUGCUGUUUUUUUUCCUGAAGCUCUGCUGAUGCUGAGGGGUGUGGGUGACCCCAACAGAAAAGUAGGCGAAGUCACCAUGUGGAUCCCGACCCCCAGCAUGACUCGCCCUCAGCGGAUGGUCCUGUACGGGACGUGUGCGGUGGCGGUGUUGAAUUCUGUGGGUCUCCUGGUGCUCCUGAUCCAGCAGAACCAGCAGCAAGUCUGGCUGAAGCAAACAGGGUCCAGGCUGGCAGAGGUGGAGCAGAGCUCAGUGGUGGAGUUCCUCCAGGAAGUGCCAAGAGAACGAGCAGGGAUGCAAGGGGCCCUCGGGAAGCCUCAGUAUCAAUACUCCAGGAAUAAGAGGAGUGAUGCCCAGGAGCAGGAAAGGGAGUCGGAGAAGGAGGCGCAUCAGGAGGAGAUCCACCAGCAGGAGGUCAGCCAGGAAGUAGGAGAGGAGGCGAAGACGAAGCAUCAUCCAAAACACAAGCAGCGUCAUAACCGUCAUCACCACAAGGAGGAGUACGUGCAGGAUGACAUGAUGAUGAUGCUCACUUACUCUAUGGUGCCGAUUAAAUUGUUGAUGGACAUUUGUAACAGCACCCAGGGAGUCUGCAUCGCCGGACCCCCAGGACCACCUGGUCUGCCAGGUGCGGACGGGAUACCUGGGACUAACGGGACUGAUGGCGUCCCUGGGAUCAAUGGGAAUCCCGGUGCUGAUGGGAAACGAGGGAAAAGAGGACUACAAGGUGAGAAGGGAGAAACUGGGGCUAAAGGAGAUGGAGGAGAGCCCGGUCCCCCUGGAGAGAAUGGCCAAGCUUCCAAUGAUGUCAUCAUCGAGGGUCCUCCUGGACCAAUGGGGCCUCCUGGACCAAUGGGGCCACCUGGACCGCCAGGACCUCAAGGGCCCUCAAGAACGAGGCACCACAGAGCCCAUCUGCAGGCAGCUCAGACCAUGGAACCACUAUAUUCUAUUCCUAAUGACGAGACAUCAUUCACCAAAGGUGCAAGUAAAGCUUACGAGAAGGCAUCAAAGACCAAUGAGUGCAUAAUAAAGUCACUGAUCAACCCCAGAAAUGUGACAAAGAUGGAGAACACAUUUGGCACAUGGAUGAAAGACACUGCUUUGCUCAACGAUGAACGCAUUUGGGUUGCAGAACACUUUUCGGGUCGUGUGCUGAAGGAGUAUCGGAACGUUGCUUCUCUCCGGUCCAACAGCAGCGAGGCAGUGAAUGUUCGGAAGUUCUAUCAAGGCUGUGGUCACACGGUGCACAACGGCUCCUUUUACUAUCAGAUUGCUGGCACAUGCAGCAUUGCCAGAUUUGACUUCCACACCCAGAAGCUUCACACGCUCACGAUAGAGAACGCUCUCUACCACAACCUGGCCUAUCUGCUGCACAACUCCAAGACCUACUUCAAACUGGCGGCCGAUGAGAACGGCCUGUGGCUGAUCUUUGCCUCCAGCGUGGACGAGAGUAUCGUGGUAGCCCAGCUGGACCAGAAAACUUUCUCCAUCACCUCCCAUAUCAACACCACCUAUCCCCGCACCAAGGCUGGUAACGCCUUCAUUGCCCGCGGGGUUCUGUACGUUACAGACACCAAGGACACCAGAGUCACUUUUGCUUACGAUCUUCUCAAGGGCAAACCAGUUAAUGUAACCUUUGACCUGAGGCCUCCAGGAGGAGUGCUGGCGAUGCUGUCCUAUAGUCCCAAGGAUCGACAUCUGUACGUGUGGGACAACAGCUUUGUCAAGCUCUAUGUGGUCCACUUCAUCUCGGAUGACUAAACAAUGCUGAUAACUAAACUCCCAGUUUUUUUUACAAACUGCUGAGGUUUUACAGAAAGUAGAGAUGAUGGUUUCAGUCGGCCAAUAGGCAAGUGUGUCAAAAGAACAGUGCUGUCUUCCCAAUUUAUAUUACAACUGAUUUUUUGCAACAUGCGUAUCAAUCAAAACAUAUUUUUACCUUCAUUUUACAAGCUAUGUUCAACUAUUUGCAUGAUAGUAUUCUAUAUUCUGUACAUACCUUUGUAUUUGUGGAUGACCUUUACUAUUAGUAGUGCACAAAAAAAUGGUUCCACAUCCUAAUCACGAUUCAUGUUUAUCCCGGUUGUAAAUCAAUUUAUAAAUUUCAUAAAUGUA